UGAUGUGGCACUGUUGGGUGGACGCGGUAAGAGGUCGCUCCGUCUCUCCGAUCGCUCCAUCCCUCCGUGGUUGGAGAGAUGGAUCCGAGGAGGAGGAAAGCCGAAAGAGUGGAGCAUCUACUGGGGCUUCUCAAGGUGCGCGUGCUACGAGGGGUCAACCUCGCCUAUCGCGACGCCAGGGGCAGCGAUCCUUACGUCGUCCUUCGCAUGGGCUCCCAGAAAGUGAAGACUGGUGUGAAGAAGAAGAAUGUCAAUCCAGAGUGGAAUGAGGAGUUGACUCUUUCUGUUUCAGAUCAUAUUCAACCAAUUAAGCUUGAAGUUUAUGACAAGGACACAUUCAGUCGAGAUGAUCAAAUGGGCGAGGCUGAGCUUGACAUCCUGCCACUUCUGGAGGCUGCCAAGAUGGAUUUGUCAGGUGUUCCAGACAGCAGCAUUAUAACGAGUGUGAAGCCAGGCAGGCAAAAUUGCUUGGUGGGUGAGAGCCAUAUCAAAUGGAUGGGUGGCAAGCUGGUGCAGGAUAUUAUUCUCAGGCUCAGAAAUGUGGAGUGCGGCGAAGUCGAACUGCAGCUGACAUGGGUGAAAAAUUCGGGUGGUUCAAGCUAUGGGAAUAAAUCUUUUAUGCACCAAUAAUUGCAUACUUGUUGCAUGAAGCAUCAUCACCAUGUCUGCCCUCACGCUUGCUUCCUUUAUGUAGUACACAAUAUAUAUUAUGUAGCAUGCUUCAUGAUGUAUGUAUAUGAGUUGCAUCCCCAAUAAAUAUGCUUCAGGCUUUCUUCUCA